AUGGCGUCGCUUCCAUCAUCUCGUGUGCGGAGUGAGGCGAGCAAGUUUAAGCAUGCUGAGUAUAUGGUAAGAGGCACUUAUGAGAAGGGUGCGAGAAAAUUUAUGGAGAAACUCAAUUGGGGUACACACGAAGAGCGGGAGAGAUUCAUGCCUAUCUUUCUGGAACGAGCCAUGCAGAUAUGGCAUGCAAAAAAAGCAUCUGGUGAAGCCCUAGUAAUCUGGCCUCAAUAUGCCCGGGAAAAUCUGAUGAAAGCUGUCAUGGAAGACAUUUCGAAAAGAAGCCAGGCCUCAGAUAUCGCACCGGGGCCAUAUGGUGUGGGAAGCAGUUCUUCAACGGGCGUACAGCGCGUUCAAAAUACAAACUGGGAGGGUGGUAAAGAUAAAACGGGAACGGUAGCCAUUGAUCUCCAGAGGAACAUAAUUGAAUUCCCAAGGAACACAGUCGACACCCCAUUUGGUAGUCCCCGCGCAGCUCCACGAUCUCGCUCGGGUAGCUAUCACAGUUCACCAAUGUCAGAAUCAGAGGCGUUUCGUAAGUAUAUCAACAUGCCACCAGACUCACCUUCGCCAGGUCCUUCUGGAACUCAACCUGUGCGAGAAAAUACGCAUACACAUAUCACAUUGCAGGGUGCUAGUCCAGGACCUGGCGACAAGCGCAGAAACAGUGCGGUUCGUACACCAACGCAUCAGCGCUCCAUGGAGUUGAGGCCGCGCUCGCCAUCAAGCGUUGGAAGUAAUCCUGCAGCAGGGCAUUCGCCUUCAGGAAAGCCAGUAUCGAAGAGGGCGAGAGCAACACCAUCGACGAGCAAUCUUGGUGCCACACGAGAUAGAGCGACGAGUGUCUCAUCAAGUCCUCUUGCACCUGCAUCAUCGAGGAGCAUCCCGCAUCCAGCAUUAACGGAUAACGAUGAAGAACAAGGCUAUAUUGGUAAAGGCAAGAAACCGGUGAAACGAAAGUAA